AUGGCGGUCCCUCCGAUACGUUUUGGUCAGCCUCGAGGGGUUACUAAGUGGAGCAUAGACGUCCCUGUCCCUAGGAGUCCUUGGAUCUAUGAGCUUGUUGUGACCACUGUGGGUUUUGAUAUCCCCACUAUUGUGAUCAACGCCGUUCAAGGCGAGGGUGCAGCUGACCCUCCUAAUGGAAUUGUGGAGGACACGACGUCCCCAGAGCUUGUGGAGGUGGAAGCUGAAGGAUCGGUGAAUGUGUCCGACUAUCACAUGUUGUUUGCUGUCAAGGCGCCCAUUUUGCCGCACCUUCUUCUCCGACUCUCCAGCCCUCUGCCUUUCUCGCUUUCGCUUCUUCCUUCUCUCUGCAUCCCCGUCUUCUUCACAGAGAGAAAGAGAGAGAGAGAGAGAGAGAGAGAGAGAGAGAGAGAGAGAGAGAGAGAGAGAGCGAGUCUGCAACUUUCGAAGGCGAAUGGAGGCGGCGAAGAGCCUUGUCUACGUGAGCGCCGCGGUGCUCCUGAUGCUGUUCAUCGGAGCAACAAUCGCGAGAAUGUCUCCGCUCGGGAAUGUGGAAACAGAGAAGCUGAGCUCGAAGAACUCGUCAAUGGCCGCGAGCUUUUGGCGGAGGAGGAGGUGGGGGACCACUCGAGCCGGCAUGCGGUGGAGGAUCCGGAGGAGAUUGCUUCCAUGGUGGAAAUGAGCAUCCGCAAUAGCACUGAGAGGCGUAAAUUAGGUUAUUUCUCUUGUGGAACUGGUAAUCCGAUUGAUGACUGUUGGCGGUGCGAUCCCAACUGGCACAAGAAUCGCAAGCGCCUGGCUGACUGCGGCAUCGGCUUCGGUCGCAAUGCCAUUGGUGGCCGUGAUGGCCGGUUCUAUGUUGUCACUGACCCAAGUGACAACGACCCCGUCAACCCAAGGCCGGGCACCUUGCGCCAUGCUGUGAUCCAGGACAGGCCGCUAUGGAUUGUCUUCAAGCGGGACAUGGUCAUAGUGUUGAAGCAAGAGCUGCUCAUGAACAGCUUCAAGACCAUCGAUGGCCGUGGUGCCAAUGUCCACAUUGCCAACGGAGCGUGCAUCACCAUUCAAUUCGUCACCAACAUUAUUAUUCACGGUCUUCACAUCCAUGACUGCAAGCCCACUGGCAAUGCCAUGAUCAGGAGCUCCCCAACUCAUUAUGGCUGGAGGACUAUGGCCGAUGGCGAUGCCGUAUCCAUUUUUGGGGCGAGCCAUAUCUGGGUAGAUCACAAUUCGCUCUCCAAAUGUGCCGAUGGUCUCGUGGAUGCUAUCAUGGGCUCAACAGCCAUUACCAUUUCCAACAACCACAUGACCCACCAUAAUGAGGUGAUGCUGUUGGGCCAUAGUGAUUCUUACACAAGAGACAAGCAAAUGCAGGUGACUAUCGCAUACAACCAUUUUGGCGAGGGUCUCAUCCAGAGAAUGCCGAGGUGUAGACAUGGUUAUUUCCAUGUGGUGAACAACGACUACACGCACUGGGAAAUGUAUGCAAUUGGUGGUAGUGCCAGCCCCACCAUCAACAGCCAGGGCAACAGAUAUGCGGCUCCGUCCAACCCAUUUGCAAAGGAGGUGACUAAAAGGGUGGAUACAGCAACAAGCCAGUGGAAGAGCUGGAAUUGGAGGUCAGAGGGAGACCUGUUGCUUAAUGGUGCCUACUUCACUCCAUCAGGAGCCGGAGCCUCCGCGAGCUAUGCUCGUGCUUCAAGCCUCGGAGCCAAGUCCUCCUCCAUGGUCGGCUCCAUCACUUCCGGUGCCGGUCCUCUUCCCUGCCGUCGCGGCCGGCAGUGCUAAUAUCUACCAAAUUGGCCUCCAAAUGGCGGUCAAUUUUCCCUAUCGAUUGAUUUCCCUGAUUCGCAGUAUAAUAUACUAUAUUCCUUUCCACAUCCAUUGUUUUCACAUACCCCAUCUACAUGAUUUGGCAAGUGUACAAAUUCUACACUGUCAUGAUAUAUCACCCAAAUUCCUACCCCACUUUCAAUUUCCCCUGUUUUCAGAUUUUCCAUCUGUUUCCAACCUCGGCCUGCUUCGAAUUCAACAAAACCUAAGCCAUACUUAGAAGCAGGCGCGGAAGCGUUGUCGAUUUGUUCCCUUCCUUUUCCCCGAUUCGUGUCAUCCCCCCAGUUCAUCGUCCCCAUCUUCUUCCUAACCAUCAUCAUUCAAACCAGUCCAUUUGCGCGUCUCUCCCCGUUGGUGUCGGUUUCUACAUAUCCUCUUUGCCUUUCGAGUCUAUAGGUUGGUUCCGGACGAUUCCCGAACUUGUUUACCUUCUUUUUUCUCUUAGCAAUACGGGCGAUUAGUACGAAUGUGAAACCUCGAGUCCUGGAAAGACCUCUGUUACAGUUGAUGCAUAGAAAUAGCAGUGUUUUGUUUCCUUGGGCUGUUUGUUCUCUGUCAACUCUUUGGCUGUUUUAUUUUUGCGUCCUUUGCUUUUUGGCAACGGAAGCCAUCUUUUCUUUUGGUCAUGCGAUUGUGUGAGGUUUUUGUUGGGAUAUCGUAAUUUAUUCUCUCUCUUGGUUUCGUUCUUUCA